GUUCAGUCUCCGGAGAGGGAGGAGGAGGAGGAGGAGGAACGCGCUUCAUGGAGGAAUAUAGCGCUCCUAUUCUGCAACCAAAACUGACCCGGAUCACAUCUCUCGCGUCCGUUAGGAAGCCAUGAAGUGUCCGUAGUGGGUCUGUGUGCGUGUUUUUGUCGGCGAACAGGAAAAAGCAGAGGAAGGAGGAGGGAGGCUCUGAAGUGCAGGCGCUCCUCCGAGUUUAGUCCACCGUCCGCUGGAGCCGCCGCCGCCGCCGCUGCUGCUGUUGCUGCCAGUUUCUCCGAGAAAAAAGCCCGGAUUGAGCCGAGGAAAAACCCGGAGAGCAACUUUGUGCAAAAUGCAGGGAGUUUCAGCUACGGACCUCCCUGCCUCCUCUCUGCAGUACCAGUGUGGAUCAGUGGACUACCUGUGUUCUCCACGGCUGGUACAGAAAGGUCCGACCCCCAGACCAUGUCACGACAGGCCCGUCAUCAAACCGCGGCCCCAGCCCUCCACCUCGCCCAGACCGCCAACCGCACAGAAACCUCAAGUGCCCCCUAAACCUGCGCACCUGCUCGCUCUUGGGCAAGACAAGAAACCGAAGAGGAUCCCGCCGGCGCCCUCGAGGCCUCUGCCAGCACCCCCUCCUCCACCUAAACCGAAGCCUACUUUAACACCUCCUGGACCGGGAGCACAGCCGCAGAGAGAAGCCCAGAAAGUCGGGCUGCUCAUCGAGAGGUUUGAGAACUCAAGGGUGCCCAUCCUGGGGGUGCUCCCACGCUCACAGCUGCACCUGUGUCUGAGAAUGGACACUGCGACUGACAUCACGUCCUCCUGCAACCAGGACACGGCAGCGAAGGUUGCAGGAGACUCCUCCCCUGUGGACAAACUUGCACUUGGCACCUCUGAACGGACUGACGAAGUGUCUGAACUUUCCUGCCUGGCUUCCAUGCACAUCGACACCUCGGACGAUGCCGUGCUGGACGACUGCGCAGAGGACGACAUCGCGCACGGCGUCGGUUGCCUCAACGACGUGGAGCGGGAGGACGGCUCUUCCCACAAGCUCCUGGACAAUCCGGACUCAUCCGAGCAGAACGGGAAGAUUCCCAACCGGGACAGUGGCAUCGACAGCCCGUCGUGCACGGCGGAGGGGGAGGUUUUCCCCAACGAGGACGCCAUCGACGAAGAGGAUCAUUACGACAGUGUCACUGAAACUGAGAGUGUGUCCUGCUGCGUUACCCUGGGCAACAAGCGAGACUCCACGCAGGAUGAGGACAGUGACUUGGAUGAGGGCAGCAGUGGGGAGAUACACUCUCUGACAGACACACAGACUGGCUAUCUGACUGAUACACACUCAGAGGCGCACAAAUGCUCAGAGGCUCAGAAGCUCCUGAACAUCGCCAAAGAGCUCCUCCACACAGAAGAGGCCUACGUAAAAAGACUCAACCUCCUCGACCAGGUAUUUUGCACUAAGCUCACAGAGGCUGGAAUCCCUCAGGACGUCAUUACUGGGAUCUUCUCCAACAUCUCCUCCAUCUACUGCUUCCAUGAUAAAUUCCUGCUCCCUGAGCUCAAGACACGGAUUACCGGAGAAUGGGACUCCAACCCUCGCAUUGGAGACAUCCUCCAGAAACUGGCUCCGUUCAUGAAGAUGUACGGUGAAUAUGUGAAGAACUUUGACCGAGCUAUGGACUUGGUCAACACCUGGACGCAGCGGUCCUCACAGUUCAAAAGUGUUGUCCAGAAUAUACAGAAACAGGAUGUGUGUGGGAACCUGACGCUGCAGCACCACAUGCUGGAACCGGUCCAAAGGAUUCCUCGCUACGAGAUGCUGCUCAAAGACUACCUGAAGAAGCUGCCUGAUGACGCUCUCGACCGAAAAGAUGCAGAAAAGGCACUGGAGCUCAUCUCUACUGCAGCAAACCACUCCAAUGCAGCAAUCAGGAAAAUGGAGAAGAUGCACAAGCUGUUGGAGGUUUAUGAGAGGCUUGGAGGAGAAGAGGACAUAGUUAACCCCGCCAAUGAGCUCAUCAAAGAAGGACAUAUCAAGAAGAUGUCAGCCAAAAACGGAACAGCACAAGACCGAUACCUCUACUUGUUCAACAAUAUGGUGCUAUACUGUGUGCCUAAACUCAGACUGAUGGGGCAGAAAUUCAGUGUCAGAGAGAGGAUUGACAUUGCUGGAAUGGAGGUGCAGGAGAACGUGAAGCAGAACCUUCCUCACACGUUUGCCAUCAUCGGUAAACAACGCUCGCUGGAGCUGCAAGCCAGGACAGCGGAGGAGAAGGAAGACUGGAUUCAGGUGAUCCGGGCCACUAUAGAGCGACACAAACAAAACAGCGAAACGUUCAAUAAAGCUUUCAACAGCUCCUUCUCCCGGGAAGAUGACCAUCUGCCUGAGUCACCGGGUCCCUGGUCCAACACGUCCAUCGACUCAGACGGUGAAAGGUUACAAGAAAGGAAGAGUUCCAAGAAAAAGGAGAAAGAGAAACAGACAUGUAAAGGCUGCAAUGAGAGCUUCAAUUUCACCAAGCGCAAACAUCACUGCAAGUCCUGUGGAGCGGCCAUCUGUGCAAAGUGUUCAAAGACCAUGGACAACAAAACAAGCCGAAAGUGCCCCGAAUGUUUUGAAGCCACCCUCAGCCUGGAGAAUCUCGGGGUUAGUGAACAGAGAAGAAAAGCUGCGCCUGAGAGACAGACAUCUCUCACAGCAGAGAACUGCCUGCUGUGUGGCCACCUUCAAGUGCAGGACAAAGGGAAGAGCUGGUCCAAGAUGUGGGUGGCGAUCACCAAGGCUGAGCCACUGGUGCUGUAUUUGCAAAGCAGUGGACAGGACUCCAAGGGGUCGCGGGCGGUACCUCUCCCCGGCUUCGAGGUGAGCACGGUGCCGUCAGCUGAGAAGUCGGAGGUCAAACACGUGCUCCGGCUCAGUCACACCCAGCAAACUUUGCUCUUAAGUGCCCAAGAUGCAGAAUUUCAGGCCAAGUGGGUAGACAUCCUGUCCAAAGCUGCCCGCGGAGAAACUCCCACAGAGCCACCGACGAGCCUGACUGAACACAGGAGGAGCCAGUAGUGACCAUGUUGGAGGCACAGGACGUACUCCCCCCUCUCCCUCCUCCCUCCCUCUCCUGUGUAUAGAGCACACAUUACUUGAAUUCACUUUACCUUGGCACUUUUUGUUUUCUCCCCCUUUUGAAAGGACCACUCCAUCCUUCCUAUGCCACUUCAAUCCUGUCCUCAUGACCACACAGCUAAUUGUUCUUCUUCUCUCCAUCUUUCUGUCUCUUUCGAGCACAUACGCAAACAAGGACUAUGCUACCAAUGCCACUGGUUAGGAUAUUUUAUUUUUCAGUGUUUUCAGUAGCUGGAGCAGUGGAGAUUUUUGAAGAACCUCUAUUUGUAAUAUAGCUGAAGAAAGUUCCUGUAUGAUUUUUUUAAAAAGAUGAAGUUCCUUGUAUAUUAUUCAGCGGUGUUGUGAAGCAUUAACUCUUAUGUGUCUGUCUCUCCAUUUGUGCGGAAGUGUAUGUAUGUGUGUGUGUGUGUUUGAGUGUGAGUCCCCUCCUGUGUUUAUUAAGUAUUGAAUGUUAGUGUAAGAAGCCCAUGCCACUUCUCUGUUCUCUUCACCCCUGCUGGGGACACAGUGGUGGUUCAGUGGGUCUUGUACAGUAUGUAUACUAUAGUUGCGAUGUAAGGAAACAAAGAAAAAAAGACAUUUAACUUAAAGAGACACAGAGAUGUGUACAUUUGUGGCUGGCCACCUGAUGCUCCCACUGUCAAGUCCCAUCUUACAGACCCUGUCCUCAUACUCUCUCGUACGUUGGUAAUAAGUCCCUCUCCAUCGUCGUCUUUGGAUUCUAAGACCUCUAAUCUGAGUCUGAUCCACCACAUUUCCACUCUCUCAUUAUUGUGAGUCGUCCAGAUGAGAGAACGCAGCCAGAAUGGGAUCACAUGGCCUCAGUGCUACAGGUUCAGACUCUCAAUCUCUCCACUUGUACACAUGAUAAAUCCUUUCUCUGUAGUUCUCUCUCUCUCUCUCGGCAUAGCAACCAUUUUGCCUGCUUCUCUCCCUUUGGUGAUGUGAUGGAAACCAAGUACUGUAAUGUUAAACUGUUUAUUCUGCCUUCCCCCCUAUACCCUGCUCCUAUCAGCACCAGCCUUUAAGCAAAAGUAGCAAAAAAGAAAAAGAACUUGUCAUUGGCUCUCUUUGUGCAUGUAAACUCAGUCAUAUUUAUGUACCGUGCUAUGAAAAUCUUGCCCUUGUCCCUCUUUUUAUGCUCCAGAAUUCAUUCUUGUCGUACUGUAAGUGAGCAGAGUCAGCAAUGAGUGUUUUAAACAUGGAUCGUGCACAGUGGAAAAGCAGUCAAGCAUAUCAUCAAUAAGCAGACGUGGUUCUUUUGGUAUCACGCUGUCCAAUAAAGAUCUUCGAAUCAGAUCAAAUAAA